AGAAGGUGACGCCGCCGGGGGGCGCCACUCGCUUUGUGGGGGAAGAUGCUCGCCUACUGCGUGCAAGAUGCCACCGUGGUGGACGUGGAGAAACGGAGGAACCCCUCCAAGCACUAUGUAUACAUCAUUAACGUGACCUGGUCCGACUCCACGUCCCAGACCAUCUACCGGAGGUACAGCAAGUUCUUUGACCUGCAGAUGCAGCUUUUGGAUAAGUUUCCCAUCGAAGGUGGCCAGAAGGACCCCAAGCAGAGAAUCAUCCCCUUCCUCCCAGGCAAAAUCCUCUUCCGGAGAAGCCACAUCCGGGACGUAGCUGUGAGGAGGCUGAAGCCCAUCGAUGAGUACUGCCGGGCACUUGUCCGGCUGCCACCCCACAUUUCACAGUGUGAUGAAGUCUUUCGGUUCUUUGAGGCCCGACCGGAGGAUGUCAACCCCCCGAAAGAGGACUAUGGCAGUUCCAAGAGGAAAUCAGUGUGGCUCUCCAGCUGGGCUGAGUGUCCUAAGAAGAACGUGACAGGUGCCGACACCCACGCCGAGCCCAUGAUCCUGGAACAGUACGUGGUGGUGUCCAACUAUAAGAAGCAGGAGAACUCGGAGCUGAGCCUCCAGGCCGGGGAGGUGGUGGAUGUCAUCGAGAAGAACGAGAGCGGCUGGUGGUUCGUGAGCACCUCUGAGGAACAGGGCUGGGUCCCUGCCACCUACCUGGAGGCCCAGAAUGGUACUCGGGACGACUCAGAUAUCAACACCUCCAAGACUGGAGAAGUGUCCAAGAGACGCAAGGCCCAUCUGCGGCGCCUGGAUCGCCGGUGGACCCUGGGCGGGAUGGUCAACAGGCAGCACAGCCGAGAGGAGAAGUAUGUCACUGUGCAGCCUUACACCAGCCAAAGCAAGGACGAGAUUGGCUUUGAGAAGGGUGUCACCGUGGAGGUGAUCCGGAAGAAUCUGGAGGGCUGGUGGUACAUCAGAUACCUGGGCAAAGAGGGCUGGGCACCAGCAUCCUACCUGAAGAAAGCCAAGGAUGACCUGCCAGCACGGAAGAAGAAUCUGGCAGGCCCGGUGGAGAUCAUCGGGAACAUCAUGGAGAUCAGCAACCUGCUGAACAAAAAGGCGUCCGGGGACAAGGAGACCACCCCAGCUGAAGGCGAGGGCCCAGAGGCCCCCAUCACCAAGAAGGAGAUCAGCCUGCCCAUCCUCUGCAACGCUUCCAACGGCAGUGCCCUGGGUGUCCCCGAGAGGACCGUCUCCAAGCUGGCCCAGGGCUCCCCCGCCGUGGCCAGGAUUGCCCCUCAGAGGGCCCAGAUCAGCUCCCCGAACCUCAGGACAAGGCCUCCACCUCGCAGAGAGUCCAGCUUGGGGUUCCAGCUGCCUAAGCCGCCAGAGCCCCCUUCUGUUGAGGUGGAGUACUACACCAUUGCCGAAUUCCAGUCGUGCAUUUCUGAUGGGAUCAGUUUUCGAGGUGGACAGAAGGCAGAGGUCAUCGACAAGAACUCGGGUGGCUGGUGGUAUGUGCAGAUUGGUGAGAAGGAGGGCUGGGCCCCCGCGUCGUACAUCGAUAAGCGCAAGAAGCCCAACCUGAGCCGCCGCACGAGCACUCUGACGCGGCCCAAGGUGCCCCCACCGGCACCACCCAGCAAGCCCAAGGAGGCCGAGGAGGGUCUGGCGGGCGCUGGUGAGAGCCAGGACUCCCCGCUGAGGCUCAAGUACGAGGAGCCCGAGUAUGACAUCCCUGCCUUUGGCUUCGACUCAGAGCCAGAGCUGAGUGAGGAGCCCGCAGAGGACGGUGGCUCGGGGGACAGGCGGCCCGGCCAGCCCCGCAGGCCCUCGCCCGCCUUCUCGCUGCAGCGCGCCCGCUUCAAGGUGGGCGGAUCUGCAGAGGACGUGGCCCUAGAGGAGGAGACCAUCUAUGAGAACGAGGGCUUCCGGGCGUGUGCAGAGGACGCCCUGUCGGCCAGGCUCUCCUCCCGGGACAGUGACUCCCCAGGCGGCUCCCCGCUGUCCCUUGCCAGGAAAAACUCCCCCAAAUCGGGCUCCCCCAAAUCGUCGUCACUCUUGAAGCUCAAGGCAGAGAAGAACGCCCAGGCGGAAUUGGGGAAGAACCACUCCUCGGCCUCCUUUUCCUCGUCCAUCACCAUCAACACCACCUGCUCUUCCUCUUCCUCCUCUUCCUCCUCAUCCUUGUCCAAGAACAGUGGGGACCUGAAGCCCCGUUCUGCCUCGGACGCAGGCAUCCGCGGCACUCCCAAGGUCGGAGCGAGGAAGGAUGCUGACCUGAAGACUGGGCUGACCUCCUGUGCCCGGGCCAAGCCAUCAGUCCGGCCCAAGCCGUUCCUGAACCGCACAGAGUCCCAGAGCCAAGAGAAGAUGGACAUCAGCACUUUACGGCGCCAGCUGAGGCCCACUGGCCAGCUCCGGGGUGGCCUCAAGGGCUCCAAGAGCGAGGAUUCGGAGCUGCCCCCCCAGAUGGCCUUCGAGGGUCCCAGUGAGGGGUCCAGGAGAGGCUCGGCCGACCUCAUCACCCUCCCUGCUGCCACGCCCCCAUGUCCCACCAAGAAGGGGUGGGAAGGGCAGGCCACCUCCUACAUGACAUGUAGUGCCUACCAAAAGGUCCAGGACUCGGAGAUCAGCUUCCCAGCAGGCGUGGAGGUGCAGGUGCUUGAGAAACUGGAAAGUGGCUGGUGGUACGUGAGGUUUGGGGAGCUGGAGGGCUGGGCCCCCUCCCACUAUUUGGUGCUCGGUGAGAAUGAGCAAUUCGACCCCCCUGGCAGAGAGCUGGACACAGUGGCCACCAAGAGCAAGCAGAACGAGGGCAAGUCAGACAGCCUGGAAAAGAUCGAGAAGCGGGUCCAAGCGCUCAACACUGUCAACCAGAGCAAGAGGGCCACGCCGCCCAUCCCCUCCAAGCCUCCCGGGGGCUUCGUCAAGACCUCGGGUGCCGGGGCGGUGAAGAUGAGGAAUGGCGUGCGGCAGGUGGCCGUGAGGCCCCAGUCGGUGUUCGUGUCCCCACCGCCCAAGGACAGCAACCUGUCCUGUGCCCUGAGGAGGAAUGAGUCGCUGACGGCCACCGACGGCCUCCGAGGCGUCCGCCGGAACUCCUCCUUCAGCACCGCCCGCUCGGCAGCCGCAGAAGCCAAGGGCCGCCUGGUCGAACGGGCCGCCAGCCAGGGCUCGGACCCUCCUCUGCUGCCCACUCAGCGCAAUGGCAUCCCGGUGUCCCCUGUGCGCCCCAAGCCCAUUGAGAAGUCCCAGUUCAUCCACAACAACCUCAAAGAUGUGUACGUCUCGAUCGCGGACUACGAGGGGGACGAGGAGACGGCGGGCUUCCAGGAGGGCGUGUCCAUGGAGGUCCUGGAGAGGAACCCCAACGGCUGGUGGUACUGCCAGAUUCUGGACGGGGUGAAGCCCUUCAAAGGCUGGGUGCCCUCCAACUACCUGGAGAAAAAGAACUAAUGAGGGGUAGUGGGGGGCAUCAGUCCUUCCAGCCUCAGUAUGGGGGAGCUGUGAGAUAAGACAAAAGGGAAAGGGAAAAUGGGAGGGGGUGGGGAGGACAACGUUAAACCUGCAGAAUGUGUGACCUCGAAGAUACUCCCCUCCAGGCUGUCCCCCAGCUGGAAGGUAGGGUCUGGCGGGGGCCCACAUUGAGCAGGGAGUGGAAGGGGCAGGGGUGUCCUGGGCCUGGGACCGGAGGCAAGAAAGCUGAGCCUCACAUGUGCACCUUGGGGACUUUGCUGAUGGACUCGGCACCAUUUGGGACAGGCCAUGUAGGAAACCCCAAUUUGUGCCUUGGCUGCAAAUCUGGAAAAGGUGUGGUUGUGCGGGCCUCCUGUGCCCUGCCCCUGCCUAGCCUGGUUUCCGUUGCUGGCAUCUUGUACCCCGGAAGUAGCCCUUGUAUCAUCCUAAUCUAGGUUUGUGAGUUAUGCUGGUUUCCCAGGAAUCGCUGCCGCCUGCCGUGGGUGAGUGUGGUAGGAGAUACCACUGGCUCUGGGGCUUGGAGGCAUCUCCUGUGAGCUCAGGCUGUCCCUGGGCCAGGCCACUGUGUCUUGUUAGUUGAAGAAAAAGCAGUUCCCCAGCUGCCAGCAAGGACCGCCAUUCUUAGCCGUCACUGCUGCUGGCCUUGAGAAGAGAGCCUGCCCUGCCUGGGGCACCCCCGUGGAGGACCACCAGCCCCAGUGUUUACAGAGAGGGCAGGCAGAGCCGUCGGUCUUUUCACAGUCUGCACAGACUUUAUUUUGGAUAUUUCUGGGUGGGCAGUUCUUUGCAAGUUUUGGGAGAGGUGUAUUGCUUUGGGCCUUCUAUGUCAGGCCUUGGGUUUUGGUCUUAUUUUAGGAGUUGUUUGGGGACCCAGGGGCGGUCAGCCUCACGGGACGGGUUGGGUAGUGGAUGGCCUUUCUAUCAUACUCUUGUGGGGAGGUUGUUUGGUUUGUGUUUUGCAUUCUUCCCUCCACAAGCCGAAGUCGCUUCAUUUGGUUUCCACUGUGUGGACAGUACCGGUGCUUGCCAAAGGGAUCUCAGGCUGGAGGAGCCCUGGUCCCAGCCGUGGCAAAGCGGAGACGCUGUUCUCCUGCUUCUUGCGCAACCUCAGCAGGGCAGAACCCUCAGCAGGGAGGAGGGUGGUGUUCAGGAGAGGGGCAGCGUGCGUUCUCCUGCCUGGGCAGGGCCCGAAGCCUUAUGUGAAGGCUGUGGAGAAGCAACCGUCACCCUCACCCUGGGCCAAGGGGAACCUGCUGGGCGGACACCACCAGCCACCCCCUGGCCUACAAGCAAUGCCGCAGGUGCCCGAGGAGACAAAGAUCCCUGGGCCAGGAGCCAGCCUGGUCUUUCCGAGGGGCGGUGCCCCUGCAAAGAGAGAAGGGAGAGAAUGACGUCCCCGUCAACUCUGGGUGGUGUCUUUCAGUCGACACUUCAGAGGCCAGACUGGCUUCCCCAAGGACUCACUCUUCACUGGGAGUGGAUUUCCACACGUGCCUUUGAUUGUGGACAGAUCAGGCUUCACAGCCCCUGAUUCAGCUGCCAGAUCCUGGACUAAGGAGGAAAGGCCCUCCCUCCGCCCACACUCCCCACCCAGGCAGCGUAUGAUGCCUGAAGAACAGCAGGGGACCCGCGCCUCGUGCCCUCAGCCCCCAGCCGCCCCACCCUCCUCCUUCGCCGUACACUGACGCCUGGCAGCUCUAGCAAACUGCUCCCGUUCUAUGUUGCAAGGGCCGUGGUGAGAUUUUGCUUCCUUUUGUUUUGUUUGUUUAAAAUUAAAAUUAGUUAUUAUUUUC